AUGGCUCCUCCAGCGAAGGCAAUGGUAACAAAAAAUACCGGUAAAAGUAGCAAUAUAAUUAUCGGUAUAACCGACGAAGGUCUGGUAGCCACCGGCCACUCAGGAACGCGCGGCCUCUCCGCCAGCGCAUCCGCCAGCAAGGUCGGGUGUAGGCCUGGAGCAUGGUACGGUGCUUCGUCUGGCCCUCCCCUGUCCGCAGGGCCGGGGGGAUAUGGGGAUCCUAAAUCCUCGCUCGCCAGGAGAUUGUCAGCACAGGACAGCUUGGACUAA